UAUAAAAUUAAACAUGGCUUGUUUCAGUUUUUGUAGAUUAUCCUUUUUGCUUAUUAUUGUGUUCUCCUGGAAUUCAACAGUUAAUAGUUGGAAUCAACCGUAUGAUUACGUAAGUGUUGCUGUAAACAAUUAUCCUGGGAGAUUAUUCAAGACUGAUCUGAAACUCAUUGGCCGAGAAAAAGCUAUUAACGGUACGAUUGAGUUCGUAGAGGAUAUUCCUAAUAAAAUUUUCGGCUCAGUGAGUGUGUAUUCGGAUGCUGGCACAAGUGGAUUCAAGCUUAUGCCAUUGGAGGUGCCGCCAAUGCCAUUCUGCGACGUUAUCCGACUGUACUACGAUAGAUUUUUGGAGGGAUCUCUAAUACCAGGAGUAAACACAGACUUGGACUUGGAGGGCGGAACCGUUUGUCCGAUACCCAAGGGUAAAUACUACAUAAAAAAAAUGAUGCUCGACACCUCGGGUUGGGCCGUUACCUCGCCCCGAGGUCUCAUCAAGGUGAAACUGAAUAUGUUGGACAAAGAAGAGUUUGUUGGCGGAAUGGAGUCCGUUGUGGAGAUCAAGGACAAGAUUUAUUGA